UCGUUACCAUUCCAAAUAAAUAUUUCACUAAAUCCAAACAUCAGCGAAAUUUACACUCGAUUACAGACGUUUAGCACAGAUCACGUCAAUCUCACCGAGGCACGGGCGCAUAUUUCAGUCUCUUUACGGAUGAGCGAAAUGGUCGAGAAUGCCGGCGGCGACCCCAAGCAAGAGAUCCGCCGGACCCACGUUAUGGCCCUGAUGAGGUUUUUCAGUGUGGACUCCGACAUGAGCCUGCCGAAUACAGCCGCCACGCAGAUGCCCGAGAUGGUGACGCUCGCCCAUUUGCGGAACAGGCAGUUCGUCUUGAAGGUGGUGCAACUGAUAACCGGAUUCAUAUGCGUGGGCAUCUACACCGAGGGACUCAAGUUCCUCAGGGACUCCAUCAACUCCAUGAUGUACCCCAACAUCGUCUUCAGCAGCUUCAUCAUCAUCACUAGCGUCAUCUUACUCAGCUGUCUGUUGGGUUGCGCGAUGCCUGACGUCCUCACCAGGAUCUUCAACAUCCUGGGUAUGAUUCUUUACUUCUCGGCGUCCACCGUUAUCCUCUACGAGGCCCUGACGAAGAAGAUCAACGAGGAGUUGAACGAGGAGUUGGUUUUCCAAAGGAAGUUGCUGUUCGUCACGUCCGUGUUCAGUUAUUUCAACUCCGUGUUGUACGCGGUUGACGUGUAUUUCAGUAUUAAGAGAGCCAUCACUUUUGAGCCCAAAUAAACGACGUCUGUAUAAAGUCGUAACUGA